UCAGUAAAAUGUAACCAGGUUCUGUUUCCAUUAGAUGGACACUGCAUUCUGAGGUGGUUGCCUAUGGCACCUGUGGAAGUCCUGUAUACCAUUCUUCAAGAUGAGAUCCAGGCCUUUGAGAAGCAUAUAAGAAGUUGCCAGCAGGCUUUUGACAUUCACACUCUUUACAAUGUAUUGUUGCUACUGCUCAAUGAAGAUGAUGGUGUAGUAGAGAUUCACAGUCUCCAGCAGCUGGAAAAGCUUGUGGAGUCCAAAGAAUGUAACACCGAGGACAUUGUGAGAAUUACAAUAAGUGAAGAUAAAUCUGACAUUGCCAGCUACAUUUCUUGGUUUGUUUCUUAUGUGAGCUACCUAAGUUCUUUGAAAGAAGAGUUUGAUGCCAAAGUUGUGUUUCCUUUGUGUGAGAACCUAUAUGUUAAUGAUGACUCACUGGAUGGGUUGCCUUUAGGAUUCAUGAAAGGAUGCAGUCCUCAUGCCACAGUGUCAAUAGCACGUACAGCUAGGCAGUUGUUUGCCCUCAGAAGGAAAUGGGCCUUGCUCCUGAAAAAGGACUCACUCUGUGAGCAAGCCUUCUACCCCCAGAGCCUCCUUGAUCUGCAAGGUUUUGCUUACAUCCAUCCCUUUGUGAAGAUCUUGAGGCUAGUCCCAGAUCUUUUUCAUAAGAGCUUAGCAGCUGCUGAGCUUACUAAGCAGUGGGUGAAAUACCAUGCCAGAAGGCAUAGCCCCCACCCAGAACAUUCACAUCCAGUUCUAAUCCGGAGGUGUGAUGAUAUAAGAGUGAUGAAAGGCAGUCUGGCCCAUCCCUGGCAUGGUGCAUCCCUUUGCCAGUCUGAACUACCUCUAAACCAUCAUGACUGUAUGAAGACCUUGCGGCCAUCCAAAGCCAACAACAACAAAAACAACAUGGACAUGUAUAAGACAACAAUUACCCAAGAAAGGAAUCAGCUUCAGGAGACCUAUGGAGAACUCCUGUCUCUGCUCUGGCGGGAGGAACGUUCUUGGACACUAGAAGGAGAGGUUCAGGAAGUAAACCAGAGGAUUUCGGAUCUGCAUCUGCAGAAAGAGACCAAGGAAAGUGAACUAGAAGCCCUUGAGCAACAACUCAAGAAAGGCAACUGGAACGUGUCUAGAGCACAGCGCCAAAAAACCCUCCGGGAGCUGGAUACAUUACAGAGACAGCUUAGGCUGGAGAACUAUCACAAGAACAUCUUGCAGAGAGAUUGGCUACUAGAGUUGGAGGUCAGGCCAAUCCUUAUACGACCAAUUUAUACAUUGCAGGAGCGCUGCCAGAAACUUAUGAGGCUUUUGCAGGCCGAGGAAGAGAUUCAACAUGAUCUCCCGCCAACAGAUAGAAUUGAUUCACACACUUCCUGCAACUCAGUGGGCCUGAACAUAUUGAGUUCUUGUCCUUGA